AUGUCCAGUACAGUGUCUGGCUCUACCGUCGAAGGCGACGAGCUCUCUGUCCACUACACCCGAUACCCCAACCGAUGGUCGAAGAUUCGAGAGGUUCUCCGCGAACCCAUGGCCGAGUUCUUCGGCGUCAUGAUUCUGGUUAUUUUCGGAGCGGGCGUCGACUGCCAGGUGACGCUCUCCGGCAACACAGGCGUCGCGCCUUCGCCGAAAGGGAGCUACUUGUCUAUCAGCUUCGGCUGGGCUAUCGGUACCGCCCUCGGUGUAUGGUUUUCCGGUGGGAUAUCCGGUGGGCACAUCAAUCCCGCCGUGACGAUUGCAAUGGCGACAUUCCGCGACUUCCCCUGGCGCAAGGUGCCCGCGUACAUUUUUGCCCAGGUCAUGGGCGGUGUUGUCGGUGGCGGCAUCGUCUAUGCCAAUUACUUCCAUGCCAUCGAUAUUUUCGAGGGUGGCCGAGGUAUCAGGACGGUUCCUGGCACAGCAGGCUUGUUCUCGACCUAUGCGCUGGACUACAUGACGUCCGUCUCGUGCUUCUUCGACGAGAUUGUCGGCACGGCGGUUUUGCUUCUGGUCGUCUGCGCGUUCGGCGACAGCAACAACGGCCCCCCGCCGCCUGGUCUCGUCCCCGUCGCUCUGUUCAUCACUGUGCUCGGCAUUGGCGCAUCCCUCGGCAUGCAGACGGGCUACGCGAUUAACCCCGCGCGUGAUCUCGGUCCCCGUCUGUUCACCGCCAUGGCUGGUUACGGAAAGGAGGUCUUCACCUACCGCAACCAGUACUGGCUCUGGUGCCCUGUUAUUGCCCCGAUCAUCGGUGCCCUCAUCGGCACCCUCCUUUACGACGCUUUCAUUUUCAACGGCGCUGAAUCUAUCCUCAACCGACCCAGCGCGACCGCCCGUGCACAUCACGAGCGUGCGCGUAACACCGAACGGCAAAAACCCAUCGCGGGUGCCGCGGGCCCCGACAUGUGCUAG